AUGGUUCACUUCACAGCUGAGGAGAAGGCUGCCAUCACAAACAUAUGGAAGAAGGUGAAUGUGGAAGAGAUUGGAGCCGAAACCCUGGGAAGGCUCCUGAUCGUCUACCCCUGGACCCAGAGGUUCUUUGACACUUUUGGAAACCUUUCCUCUCCCUGUGCUGUCAUGGGCAACCCCAGGGUCAAAGCUCAUGGCAAGAAGGUUCUCACCUCCUUUGGAGAAGCUGUUAAGAACAUGGACCACCUCAAAGAGGCCUUUGCAAAGCUGAGCGAAUUGCACUGUGACAAGCUACAUGUAGACCCCGAGAACUUCAGGCUCCUGGGCAACAUGCUGGUGAUAGUUCUGGCUGGUCACUAUGGCAAGGAAUUCACCCCUGACGUGCAGGCUGCCUGGCAGAAGCUGGUGGCUGGUGUGGCCGUUGCUCUGGGCAACAAGUACCACUGA